AUGACUGAAAGACAAGUGGAAAGAUGGCUGAGAGUGAGGAGAGCCAUGGACAAACCCACAACCCUUAAAAAAUUCUGUGAAAAUAGUUUUCGUUGCACAUAUUAUAUAUAUUCUUUCACAUAUGGAUUAAUUGUCCUCUGGGACAAACCUUGGCUGUGGAAUAUAAAUUAUUGUUGGUACGGGUACCCUCAUCAGAGCGUUUCCAACGAUAUUUGGUGGUAUUACAUGAUAAGCAUGAGCUUUUAUUGGUCCCUCGCCGUUAGUCAGUUUUUCGAUGUUAAGCACAAAGACUUUUGGCAAAUGUUCAUUCAUCACAUAGCAACAAUAAUACUAAUGGAUUUUUCAUGGGUGUGCAACAUGCACAGAAUAGGAAGUCUCGUUUUGGUCAUACACGACUGUGCCGAUGUGCUUUUAGAGGGAGCAAAAAUGGCUAAAUAUGCCAACUACCAAAGAGUUUGCGACGGUUUAUUUGUUGUUUUUACACUGGUUUGGAUAAUGACUCGUUUAGGAUUGUAUCCGUUUUGGAUAAUGAGAAAUACGACGGUUCAAGCACCUAAAAUAGUCGACAUGUUUCCCGCUUAUUAUAUUUUUAACAGUUUGUUGUUUCUUCUCUUAGCUUUACAUAUAUUUUGGACUUAUUUAAUAUUAAAAAUAGCAUAUAAUUCAUUAUUAGUCGGAAAGAUGGAAGGAGAUAUCAGGAGUUCAUCUGAUGAAGAAAUAGAAAGUUCUCCAUCGCCGAGCAUUUCGGAAAACGGAGUCAAAAAACACGAUUAG